GGUGAGCGGCGGGCCCGGGCGGGAUGGGGCCGGGACCUGGUGGCCGCGUGCAUCCAGCCUCUUAGCACCAGGCUCAGAGCGCCGAUCGUCUUCCUUUCCUUCCCAUUUCUUCCUCGAGUGCUCUGAACUCUACCCAUUGUCGUUGACAGCUUGGAUAAGUUCUCCCCAUCCUUCAAAACCCGUGACUAGGGCUAUCUUUUUGUUUCCCUUCAUGGAUCUGUGGCCUCCGCCCACAUCAGAUCCAACAUAGAGCUAAACACAGAAUAGCUGUUGAAUGAGUGAAUACGAUCUACACAUGGUGGAGUGCAUCCAGAGUCCAACCUCCUGCUGGAAGAAGUCACUCAGACAUUUUGCAUGCCCCGGAACUGAUGGGCUACGCUGUCCUCUGAUCUGCGGUAACUGAUGGGCUAUGCUGUCCUCUGAUCUGCGGUAGGCCUCUCUUGUGAGUCAACCCUGCAGUUGUAGGAAGCCCUUUGUGUGUCUUCAUGGCCUCGCUGGUGGCAUAUGAUGAUUCUGACUCAGAGCCUGAGCCCGAGCCUGGCAGCAGUGUGAACUCUGAAGGUCAGGUGGACGAUGCCUCUGCCAUGACCAGGCCUUCUGGCAUGGGUUUUGCAUCUGGUACGGUGGCUGUGACAAAAGAGGGGGCACGUCAUACAGGGGACCACCCUUGUGAAGACCCAGGGGACCAGCGUCUGCCACUGGCUCGGAUCUGGAGAAGUCACCCGGGAUCUUGUCCCAGCCAGAGGCUGCAGUGGCCCUCAAAGGACCCGGAUACCUCCUUCCCCGUCAGAGAGCCUCCUCGUCCUUCGUGGUUGAGCCGAGCUCCCACCAGCCACGUGCCUCUGGCAGCUGCCUGCUUAAAGCCAUCAAAUCCUGCCUGGGGUGCUCUCAGUUCCUCUUCGCCUGCUCGGAGCGAAGUUGAAAGCACCGCUGGAAAUGCCAGCUCUUCCCAGAGGAAAAGGGCUGAGGACUGUGUGGUUCCCUACACCCCCAAGAGACUGAGGCAGCUGCAGGCACCGAGUCCAGACAGUGGAGGCAAAGACCAAGAGCCUCCGGGCCCCCCUGCAGGGUGUGCCCCAGCACCCCUGUGUGUGGCCCCCACAGCAUCUGAGUUCAUCCAGCCGUAUUUGAACAGUCAGUAUAGAGAGACCAAGGUCCCCAAGAAAGUGCUUUUCCACCUGCGAGGCCACAGGGGCCCUGUCAACAGUAUUCAGUGGUGUCCGGUCUUUUGUAAGAGCCACAUGCUUCUCUCUACUUCCAUGGAUAAAACCUUUAAGGUGUGGAAUGCUGUGGACUCGGGGCACUGCCUGCAGACCUACUGUGUGCACAGUGAGGCGGUACGGGCUGCACGAUGGUCUCCUUGUGGCCGGCGCAUCCUCAGUGGUGGCUUCGACUUUGCCCUGCACCUAACGGACCUUGAAACAGGAACCCAAGUAUUUAGUGGUCGGAGCAACUUCAGAGUCACCACCUUGAAAUUCUAUCCAAAAGAUCACAACGUCUUUUUAUGUGGCGGCUUCAGCUCUGAAAUCAAAGCUUGGGACAUGAGGACUGGCAAGGUAGUGAAGGGUUACAAGGCAACCAUCCAGCAGACCCUGGACAUCCUCUUCCUCCAAGAAGGGUCUGAGUUCCUGAGCAGCACCGAUGCAUCCACUCGGGACUCUGCUGACCGAACCAUCAUUGCCUGGGAUUUCCGGACUGCUGCAAAAAUCUCCAACCAAAUUUUCCACGAGAGGUACACCUGCCCGAGCCUUGCCUUGCAUCCGAGGGAGCCUGUGUUUCUGGCGCAAACCAACGGCAACUACCUGGCUCUCUUCUCCUCCGUGUGGCCCUAUCGGAUGAGCCGACGGCGGCGCUAUGAAGGACACAAGGUGGAAGGCUACGCCGUAGGCUGUGAAUGCUCCCCGUGCGGUGAGCUGCUGGUGACGGGCAGCGCUGAUGGCCGGGUUCUGAUGUUCAGCUUCCGCACUGCCAGGCGGGCCUGCACACUACAGGGGCAUGCGCAGGCUUGCCUCGGUACCACCUACCAUCCCGUGCUGUCCUCUGUCCUCGGCACCUGCUCCUGGGGAGGGGACAUCAAGAUCUGGCACUAACGGGCAACGGAGACACCGAAGUUGGCUGGAGGUUAAGCCAGGGCAGGGGCUGUCGCCGCUGCCUGCUUGGCCUCAGUGACUCAUCUGUGAAAUGGACAUGAGAAGCUGUCUCAGGGUGUAAGGACCGCGUCAGUAAAGGCAUUGCUAAAUGGUGGUCGAUGCCCAGUCA